AAAAGUAUUGUUGAUUGUAAACCAUGGUUUAUGUCUUAACAUACAAAUGAUACCACCAAGAACAGCUGCAACUGCAUCACCUGGACCUUGAAGCUAGGAAGGAAGCUAGAGAACCUGGGUGGGUUAUUGUCAUCCAUCUUUCCCAUCCAUGAAAGAGAAUUGGAAAGUGAAAGAAUUAUACUGCAGGAGAAUGAGUGGCUUUGAAAAUGUUCUGCUGAGAAUCAGGAGGAAGAAACACCAUGUGGCUUUCCUUUCACCUGGAAACAUAGCUUUUUAAAAGAGAUGGCUGACAAGACUGGGAAAAAUCUUUCAGGUCCACUAUACAUUGAAGUUGAAUAUGAUUAUGAGUAUGAAGCAAAAGACAAAAGGAUUGUGAUAAAACAAGGGGAGAAAUACAUCUUAGUUAAAAAGACCAAUGAUGACUGGUGGCAAGUCAGAAAGGAUGAAAAUUCCAAACCCUUUUAUGUGCCAGCACAAUAUGUUAAAGAAAUAACCCGCAAAGCACUAAUGCCACCUGUUAGGCCAUUAGGUGGACUGCCAAACAACUCUCUAAAACUUAUGCAUGGGUUACAGAGGUCAACAGAAAAUGUGAAUAAAUCUCCAGAGCUUUCCACUUCGGGGAAAUCGUAUCCAGUUCAAGCUCAGGAUGCCAACCAGAAUCUGGGACCAAACAAUAGCCCAGGUCAGAAUACUGGGCUCAGCCUAGAACUUGCCCCAAACAAUGGAAAGUUUAACGAGUUACAGUUUGUUAAAGCUUCCAAUCAGAACAGGACCUUUUCUGUGUCUCAGUUUCAUUGUUCGGAAGGUAUGGAAACUGAAAAGACCAGCUUCUUGCAAGAGCAAUCCUGUGAUUCUGCAGGUGAAGGCUCAGAAAAAAUCCACCAAGAUUCAGAAUCUGGAGAUGACCUCAGCAGCAGUUCCACAGAACAAGUAGUACAGCCAAGAACACCUCCAGGCCAAGGAAGGCCAGAUUCACCGGUUUAUGCUAACUUGCAAGAACUGAAAAUUUCUCAGUCUGCACUCCCACCUGUACCUAUAAGUCCUCCAGUCCAAAUUAAUGGGGAGUGGGAAACUCAUAAGGAUGUUACAGGACGCUAUUACUAUUACAACAGAGGAACACAGGAGAGAACCUGGAAACCACCACGUUGGACUCGGGAUCCAAGCAUAAGUAAAGGAGACUCUUUGAACCAAGUAGAUCAAGAGACUCUUUCAACACAAGAAAACUCUCACAGCCCUUGUAACAGCCAGCCAGAUAGUCAAUAUGAUUCUCCUCCCAAAGGCUGGUCAGAAGAGAUGGAUGAACGUGGCCAAACACAAUAUACCAGUGACUACACCAAUGAAAAGUGGGUAAAACAUGUAGAUGAACAAGGUCGGGCAUACUAUUACAAUACAGAUGGAACACGAUCAGAAUGGACAUUGCCAAAAUAUAAUGCUUCAUCACAACAGCAAAAAGAAAUAAUUAAAAGCAGAAGUUUGGACAGGAGACUUCAGGAACCAAUAGUUUUAACAAAAUGGAGGCACAGCUCCGUUGUGUUGGACACAAAUGACAAGUUGCCAACUAAUUCUUCUGAACUCCUCUUGCCUAAUCCUGCAAAUUUGUUCCCAACACCUCAGGAGCAAGAUUCACCAUUGCCUGCAAAGAUCGUAUUUCCUGAAAAUGAAUCCUCUCCUUCCUCACCAAAGCAUCAAACCACAGACCAAGAGAAGUAUGGAUUGUUAAAUGUAACUAAAAUUACAGAACAUGGGAAAAAAGUCCGGCAAAAUUGGAUGUCAUCCUGGGCAGUAUUGCAGGGUUCCUCGUUAUUGUUUACCAAGACUCAAGGAAGUGGGACUAGUUGGAAGUUUGGGGUCAAUCAGUCUAAACCAGAGUUCACAGUGGAUCUCAAGGGUGCAUCUGUUGACUGGGCUUUAAAGGAGAAAUCUAGCAAGAAAAAUGUGAUUGAGCUGAAAACACGCCAAGGAACUGAACUGUUAAUUCAGUCAGAUAAUGAAGUUUCUAUUAUGGAAUGGUUUAAAGUUCUUAAUUAUGUUAUCAGUAAUCAGACAGUAGAGUCUGAUGAAGCAUUAGAUGAUGAAAUGCCAGAUUCUCCUGGGUUGGAAAAACAAGACAAAGAAAAGGACCAUAAAGAUUCCAAAAAACUUCGCUCACUAAAAAUAUCUAGCAGCAUUGAUUCUUCAGAACAGAAGAAGACCAAAACGAAAUUGAAGAAAUUUUUGACCCGCCGACCUACGUUACAAGCAGUCCGUGAAAAGGGCUAUAUUAAAGAUCAGGUAUUUGGCUGCAAUCUAAGCAGUUUGUGUCAAAGAGAAAACAACACUGUGCCAAAAUUUGUGAAGCUGUGCAUUGAACAUGUUGAAGAACAUGGACUGGAUGUUGAUGGAUUGUACAGAGUUAGUGGUAAUCUUGCAGUAAUACAGAAGCUAAGGUUCGCAGUUAAUCAUGAUGAAAAACUGGACUUGAAUGACAGCAAAUGGGAAGAUAUCCAUGUCAUUACAGGAGCUUUGAAAAUGUUUUUUAGAGAAUUGCCGGAACCUUUAUUCACUUACAGUCAUUUCAAUGAUUUUGUCAAUGCCAUUAAACAAGAGCCUAGGCAACGUGUUCAUGCUGUAAGAGAGCUGAUUAAACAGUUGCCAAAGCCAAAUCAAGAUACGAUGCAGAUGCUGUUCAGACACCUCAAGAAAAUUGUGGAAAACGGAGAGAAGAAUCGAAUGACCUAUCAAAGCAUAGCCAUAGUCUUUGGCCCAACUUUAUUAAAACCAGAGAAAGAGACUGGUAAUAUAGCAGUUCACACAGUGUAUCAAAACCAGAUUGUAGAAUUAAUCCUACUGGAAUUGAACUCAAUCUUUGGGCGUUGAAUUUGUUAACCCAGAUUGGCCUUGGAAGGACAACAAUUUAGGUCUGACAGAAACAGCAUCUCAUUUAUAUAUUACACCAGACAACCUGUGACCUGUUGGGUCAUCCUUUCAGAGAUAUUUCCUUACCUGAACAGAGAAACAGAAUGACCACAGGCUGGCAAAAAAGCAGUGGGAGCAGGAGCGACUUCCCACUUCCUGCUGGUUUCCCCAUUGACUUUGCUUAUGGGAAGCUGGCAGAGAACAUCGGAAAUCACCCCUCCUCCUCCUCCUCGGCUGACCAGUGGAACUGCCUGCGCACUUUGCUGGGGUGAGGGGGAACAAAGGGAGCUGUGGACCGUGAGAAAAACUGCACCCGUUCCCCAUCCUGGCAUAUCCCUAAAAGCUCCUUCCCUCCAGGGAGGAAGAGGGCUCACCUGUCGACCACUGGUGCCCCCCAGCCAGCCCUACCUCGCCAGCAGGCAUCCAAGUCACUCCCUCAUCCUUCCCUUGCUGCCCACCUCUGUUAAGAGAUUUCAGAUUUCAACCUCGGUUCCAAAGCACCCAAUCACUGCUUGCCAAUUGGGUCUUGCCACCAGCUGAUUGGGCACAGGGGCCAGAGGGAGGCGGGAAAGAGGGCAGGGAUACACCCCUCCCAUCUUCCCUUGCACCACACAACCUACGGGGUUCUGGGAAGUGUAGUCAGAAGGCAUGGCGGUGCUGAAGCAGCCACAACUUUGCCAAAUUUCAAUCCCACAGGAGUAAUGGGUCCCAGAUUUUGGAUGCAUUCUGUAAGUUAGCCCAUUUGAGGUACCUUGGUUCAAAAAUUGUUGCCCUAUGAUGCACCGUUUCACCCAAUUGAAGGUUACAAACAGACAGAGUUUAGUAAUAUAUAGAUAUUUGUGGACCAAGCAGCAACUUGAUGUUUUUGCACUUUUGGGCGAGGGAGAAGAGUGUGAUUUAUUUUUGCUGGUUUUGUGGAAGCUAUUAAACUUUGAAUUUCUUUCAUGUUUAAAUGUUACAGAUAUUUCAAAGUUUAUAUAAUUUAGUAAACACUUAAACUGAAGAUUUAAUAUAGAUAUACACACUGGAUUCCUUUGUGAAAGAAGCUAUUUUCUGUCAGGAUUAUCUGGAAUAGCAUUUUAAUCUUGAUUUUUAAAGUAAUGUUGGGUUCACCAUUUGUUUUGGGGAAGAUAAACUCUGUCAACUGACUUUGAAGAGCUUUGUGGGCAUUUUUAGUGAAUCAUUGCGGUACAUGCUCACAAAUUAAAUGUGCAAGAGAAUUCCUGUAAUUCGUUUACAGGUUUCUGUAUUAAUUUGACAGGUUAAACAAGUGCUAACAGUGGCCAGUGUAAAUCCUUCACAACACCAAGCUUUUUGCUUUAUGUUGCCAUUGAUAUUGCUGGAAUUCAUGCACAGAUUGCUGGCUUUCUUAUUGCAUAUUAGUAUUGCUUCAGACACUGAAUUGGUACAUAUCACCACUGGAGGAUAAAUCACAAUCUGUGAUGGGCUGGAGUAUUCAGCAUUUUUUUCAGGAUAUAUAUUAUUUGAGAUUAAAUCAUACUUAGCAAAUCUAACUGAAGGUUGAUAUUGUAGUGACUUCUUGGUAUAAACCUGUGGUAGUGAAAUCAGAUAUAAAUACACACUGAAGUCCUAACUGGGUGUUUUAUUUUUUAUUACAUGUAUACACUGUUGUAUACUUUCUAGUCCUACACUUUGUAUGUGUAGAUUAGUAACUGGUAUUUUGGUGUACCUCCAAUGGAUAUACUGUUUCUACAGAAAAAUGGAUUACUUGGAAAACUGUGUGCACUUUUUAAAUGCUAAUAACAUCUGCAUGCAAAUAAUUAUAAUGCAAAUGGUACUGGAAAAAUACUGAGUGUGCUUGCUUUACACGGUUAAUGCACUACAAGCAGAAACUCGGAUGUUAUUUAAUAUGUACAGGAGUUAUAUUAGAUAAAUGUAUUACAAAUUCUAACUUCUAUAUAUAGCAGAAGCUUAUAUUUGAAUAGAUGGAUGUCUGGAUGUAAUGAAAAUGCUGAACUUAAGGAUUCCUUUUUACCUUAAUGAUGUAGAUUGAUUUGUAAAAUAGGUUUCAGAAGAUUUUGUUAUAGGAUAUAUGGUCUGCAGAUUUUUUAAUUGUAUUUUUCUAGACUAACUGCUGUAUCUGACAUUUGCUACGUAGAAAUGAAAUAAAGAAAACUGUUAGCUGUUUGGAA